GCUUGCUGAUGUGUAAUAAGCCAAAAACUUAUUCUCUUUUUUGCAUAUAAGUUUUUUUUUCUCUGUUCUUUACCCCCUUUGAUCCUUGUUUGGUUACCCAGAAAAUCAAAUAGCAAAAAAAAAAUUUGUUUGUGAAAACAGAAUCAUGAUUUCCUUUGCGUGCUAAACAUUCACUGACCAAACUUCUUUUUGUUUUAAGGAAUGAUGAGAUUCAAGAAAGGAACUAAAGUGGAAGUGUUGACCAAAUCAUCACUUCCAUCUGGUGCUUGGCGAUCUGCUGAGAUAAUGUCCGGUAAUGGGCAUUAUUACACUGUCAUGUAUGAUAGCGUUGACGCUACAGAGAGGGUACCGAGGAAGAGUAUGAGACCUGAGCCUCCUCCUCUGCAAGUUCUUCAUUCUUGGGUUCCUGGUGACGUUCUUGAGGUUUUUGAAAGCUGUUCCUGGAAGAUGGCUAUCGUUUCCAAGGUUUUGGAGGAUGAUUGUGUCUUGGUUAGAUUACUUGGUUCCUCAGUCAAGGUCAAGGCAAACAAAUCUGACAUUCGGGUCAGACAAUCUUGGCAAGACAAUGAGUGGAUCAUGGUCGGGCAGAGUUCAUCGAGAUUAAGCGCACAGAAUUCAACAGGAAAGUUAAGGAGAAAGGUGAAUCUGAAAGGCGACUAUGUUUCAUCUGAGAGCAAAGACAAGCUCAAUGUGUCUGAUGCACUGGGUUCAAAGAAACGGACCUACUCUUUGGUUACGCCACACAAUCAAACUCCACAAGUCAAAGAAGAAGAAGAUACAGAGAGUAUUGCUUCUUCUGUUGGUAGUUGUAACUUGGAUGGUUUAAGUACUGUCUCUUUCGUUCCCAUAGAAACCGGUAGCUCCAGUGACACAGAGUCAUCUUCUUGUCGCUACAGAAGCUUCAAGAUCAAGAAGAAGUCUGGCUUUACACCAAAAGCCUCAGAAGCUGCUGAUGUUCAUAAGCUAGAGUUGGAUGAAUACCGAUGCAGUAUCGAGAGAUUGCACGCAUCUGGACCGAAUAUAACGUGGGAACAAGAAACGUGGAUCACAAACCUCCGGCUGAGACUGAACAUCUCGAAUGAGGAACAUCUGAUGCAGAUAAGAAACCUUAUCUCUGAUGAUAACAGUACUACAUACAGAUAGCAGCAUUAUUUAACAACUACAAGCUGUGUUACAUAAAAUGAAAACUAAGGUUAAGGUUGUACAAAAUGUUACUCUAUUUUCAAACAAAGCUAUUUGAUUUUUUUUCUUCCUGAGCUUGUAAAUGUGAGUUUGAACAUAUAUGAAUGAUUACUGCACCAUA